AGACGGUUUCAUCUCAUGUUGAAAUCGACCGAACAAAGGGCGUUCUUCGCCAUAAAUAGCCUGAUUUCGGAUAUCAUUCGCAGUACAGUUCAACAUGGCGUCCCUCAACCAAUGUGUCUUUUUUUUGUCUCUUUGUUUAAUCUGCGUUAACGGAUACUAUCCUAACACGUAUUAUAUGGACCAGAAAUGCUCGAGAACUAUCUCGUUCUCGAAGGACAUGCGUCUCAAGCUGACCCUCUUUUCAAGCACUAAUCUGCAACGUGGCAUGUCGUGUUCCACGACCAUCCAGACCAACACCAUAGGGGAUAAACUGUUGGUGAACAUCAGAUCUCUCAACACGCGCUCAAGCAUCGGCUGCACCAAGAACAGCCUCAAGAUAUAUGACGGCAGUACAAUAAUAAAUGGACCAAAUGGAGACUGUGGAUAUGCGCCAUUAUCAGACUAUGUCUCAAGUGGAAAUACACUGACGUUUACGUUCACGACGGAUAACAGUUUCCAAACUGGUCAGUUCGACGUCCUUGUGACGUCAUUUGGAUCAGCAAGUGCCGGUACGUGCUCAGGUAACCGCUUCGUGUGUGACAACUUCCGCUGUGUCAGCAACACCCUCACGUGUAACGGCUUCGACGACUGCGGAGAUAACUCGGAUGAGAUCGAUGGCUGCAGUUCGAUCACCUGGAACACUGGCUCCAUCGCGGGCAUUGCUGUAGGAGCAAUAGUGUUUAUAGUGAUCGUUGUGGUCCUUUCGUUCGUCGGCAGGGUAUACAGGAGGAGACGAUGUCUUGCUGAGACUCACUGUCACGCCGCCCCACCACCAUGUGCUCCAGCAAGCUACCCUAAAUCUAUGACGUAUGGAUAUUGAUACGGAGGGUAUUGUCGGAUUGUUCAAGUGUUCAUUUUGGUGUUCAUGGAUUCUUGACCAAGGACUAAGAUUUCAACCAUAGCCAGUUCCGCAAAGAAACUUUUAGAAUCUACCUCUGCAAAGAUCAGUGCGUGUGGAAUUUCAUACAUAAUGUUUUUAAUAAAUAUUGGUCUCAUAAA